CAUCACUCAAUUCAGAACUACAAUCAAUACCAAGCUCCCAUAAAUCUCUCGGUCUCUGGCCCAUCCUUUAUCGGCACUUUUGGAUCUGGUCACACUUAUCCAUCGGUAAUGCUGUGUCCCCGAAGCGAUGGGCAAUGAGACACAUUUCGCGUUUUUGGAGAAUGGCUGGGCCUCUCAUCCUGCAAUAAUUUUAGCCUCGUUAGAUUUCUCUUUCCGUCAGGUCAGGAUAUUCCUAGUGACAAUUUUGGCUGUGUAUCCGGUCCUGGUAUCUCUGCUGCGCUUUCGCCGUGUCCGAUGGUUGCACCGGAGGUACCACUAUCCUACGCGUGAAUCCCUGUCGCGUAUGACCGAUAACGACGCCUGGGAGAUCCAAAAAGUUUUGUUGCAGCUGGAGUUCCCAUUUAUCUACAUCAAGGCUCUGCAGUUCGCCUUGUUCAGGACAUAUGGAAUACCGACCAUAUCAGGGCUUCUCACAAGUACAAAGCAAUUCUGUGAUCCGGAGUUGUCUCUCAAGCGAUACGCAGACACCACCGUCUUCAUCCAAGAGUUCAUCGGCUCGGCUCCGUCCUCUGCCCGCACCCAUGCAUCUAUUGCGCGUACCAACUUUAUUCAUAGCGGCUACCGGGCUUCAAAAAAGAUCUUGGAUGAUGACAUGCUUUACACGCUGGGUUUGUUCGCCAUUCAGCCGGUGCGAUUCAUCGAGAAAUUCGAAUGGCGCGGCCUGACCGACAUGGAAAAAUGCGCUAUCGGGACGUUCUGGAAAAGCUUAGGCGAUGGCCUGGAGAUCAGCUAUGAUGUUCUUCCGUCAGGCAAGACGGGAUUUCGUGACGGUCUACAUUGGCUUGAGGAGAUCAUGGCAUGGAGCGAUGACUAUGAAGUUCGCUGCAUGCUUCCGAAUAUUAAAAACCACCAGACCGCGGCAGGGACUACAGCCAUCGUGUUGUACAUGGUUCCGAAGCCGUUACAGCAGGUUGGGCUGCAUUUGGUGUCAUUCAUGAUGGACAAGCGCCUUCGGAGAGCGAUGCUAUAUGAUGACCCCCCCGAAUCGUACGCGAAGGUGUUUUCGGCGCUUCUGCGUGUACGUCGAUUCGUCAUGCGCCAUCUUGCGCUCCCUCGACCAGAUUAUCUCCGCUACACCACAUUCACUGACCAGCCCGAUGAACAUGGUUUCCUGUCAUUCAUCAAAUGGGAUGCCGCACCUUACUACGUGAAACCAACCAUCUGGAAUCGCUGGGGACCAACGGCUUGGCUCACGUGGAUAAUGGGCCGGCCGCUUCCGGGGGACGAGGGUGGCAAGUACCACCCCGAAGGAUACAGAAUUCCUGACGUCGGGCCCAGGUAUUUCCUGGGGAAAGGCCAAGAGUUCCAGAAAAGAACUGUCGAGGGCUUGAAAACUUCGCGAACGGGUCAAUGCCCGUUUCAUUGAUAUACCAUGUAGGAGAGGGUUUGGAUAGAGCCGGUUUAUGUUUAUUUUUCACACAGUGCUCUUAUUUUCUUCCUUCUGUUUGUUUCAUUCUCAGGUUAGACAGAUAGGUAGGAUAUAGAAUAGUCAAGGUGCCAGACUAGUGGGCCCGUGAAGCAAACCUGCUGGAUUACCGGUAGGUAGUAAUUUCCACUCAGCUGGGAUGCCCCUUAAUGAUGUUCAAGAGGAAUGAUACUCGGAGACCUUUAACAGGGGUUCAGAACCUAUUAAAGGACAUCGCCCCU